AUGCGCUUCACUUCGUUGAACCUCCUCCCCCUCUCCCCUCUCGACCAGAUCGCUCCGAGGAUCUACGUGAGAUCGAUCUUCGCGCUCAACACUAGCGAUGGAUACGAAUCUGUCACCACCCAGGAGCACCUUCAAGAAUGCUUCCACAAGGCCCUCGCCCGCUGGCCGUUUCUGGCUGGCCAGAUUCGCCCCGCCGCGGUGGGCCGAAACCGCCUCGAGCUGGCCUACACCCUGGACGACAAGGCCUUGGAUCUCACCCGACGCCCUGAUCUCUUCGGUUGCGAGCGUAUCAGCCAGCUCGGAGGCUACACUUACGAGGAGCUUGUGGCUCUCGGAAUGCCCCCCAUUGCGAUGGACAAGGACGUCCUGUCCCUCUCGCCAAACCAUCCCAGGCCUGGAGAAUCUUGCCCUCCUGUCACUCUCAAGGUCACCGAGAUGACUGGCGGUGGCCUCUUUGUGUGCUUCUCGACGCACCACGGCAUCUUUGACGGAUGUUUCAUCAAGACUUUCCUCGAGUACUUCGGCAAAAUCGCGCAAGAGGAGUCGAUGAAGUCCUGCUCGCUCCCUGAACCAGCCAUUGAGAUGCAGCCAACUUGGCUCACGGAGCUCAAAGCCAGACCCAGCUUGUCUGUGUACGAGAACACCGACAUCAAAGGUGCUGAGUUCCCAGAGUAUGAUUUCGCCGACAAAGAGAACUCUUCCGCCUCUUCCACAAAGACCAAGGUCCCACACGCGGUCUGCAAAAUCUUCAGCUUCAACAACGCAAUCCUGAAGAAUCUCCAGACCAAGGCGAUCCAGUACCUCCGCGAGACCUACGGUAGCACUGCCUUCGUCUCCAUGGCCGACACCCUCUCCGCCGUGGUCUGGGUCCACGUCACUCGGUCGCGCCUUCCCCAUCUGUCGCCCUCCGAUGACACCAACUGUACCACCGCAGCCGACGCGCGCCCUCGCCUCUCUCCGGCCUUCCCUGCUACAGCCUGGGGCAACAUAUACACCCAAACCAUGGCUGGCGACCAGGUCGGCAACCUCACGCAACUUCAGCACAACGGCGAGCUCCCCAGCGACGCACGCCCUGCCAUCUUCGAGGCGGCGUGGCUGAUCAGACAAGCGGUCGAGAAGGUCAAGCAGCCCGACUACAUCCCCUCUCGCAUUGCCCUCGCCGCAUCUCUCGAGGACCCCACGAUGGAGGGCGCGGCUUUCCGCAAGGCGAACCAGCCUGAUCACGCGGGCUUGGGUUGCAGCGUCUGGGUUCACAUGGGCGCCGACGUCGACUUUCGCAUCCCUGGCACUGGUGGGAAGGCGGACUUUGUGCGCAAGACGUACUCUGCCAACGAUGGAAGUAUGAACAUCAUGCAGAGACGCGGAAUCACGAAGGGAGACGCACCGUGGGACGUACUCCUGGCGCUUAGGGAGGAUGAUAUGGAUCGUGUCUGCAGCGAGAAGGAGCUUGGUCAGUGGACGCAGGAUUGGUGCCCGCGGGUUUAG